UCUAUUCGAACGCAACGAGGUGAGGAGCGUGUAUUAAGCGACCGUGGGAAGUGCACACAGACUAGCACUAAUGGACCGAAAGGAUAAUUAACGACAGUCCUGGGGAGAUACGCAGAAGCAGUGUUCCAUGCCGCUCCUUUGCCCUGUCAUUGAUGGGAAACCAACUGGACCGGAUCACCCACCUGAACUACAGCGAGCUACCCACCGGGGAUCCGUCGGGCAUCGAGAAGGACGAAUUGCGGGUCGGCGUGGCGUAUUUUUUCUCCGAUGAAGAGGAGGAAUUGGACGACAGAUCACAGUCGGACAGCUAUAAAGACCACAGCCCGAGCAAAGACGGUCCCGUAGCUUUUAACGAGGUCGAGUACUCGGCUUUCUGCUGCCAGGAAUGUAUAUUCUCCAAACUGCGCGAGAACGAGGACUUGAAUGUUUAUUCGGUGAAAACUUUGCUCACUAUGUGCAAACCAGGGGAUCUAUUGGAAUUAGUGGCCAAUGCUCAGGCUCCACACUGGGCUAUCUACGAGGGAGAAGACCAGGUUAUACACCUGCACAAAGGGGAGAUCCGCAAGGACAGCCUGUUUGAGAUCAGUGGCGGUCGACAGGGCAGGAUAGUAAACAACCGGUACAGAUAUAGACCGCUGCCCGCUGACCUAGUGAUGCAGAACGCAAGCGGGCACCUCGGGCUUAGCAGUGACGAGAUUUGCUGGACAAACUCGGAAAGUUUUGCUGCCUGGUGUCGUUUCGGUAAACGGGAGUUUAAAGCGGGCGGUGAAGCACACUCCGCCGAACAGCGGUAUUUCUUGAAGGUCCAUCUAUCCGAGAGCACGGUUCACACCCUCAUGUUCCGCAGCCUCGAGGAUAUGAUACGAGAGAGGCGCCGCGUGGACGCCAGUGGGAUUCUGAAAGAACUGACGCUGGUCAACGGAAAGGAAUGAGCUGAUUCCGGACGCAAACAUUGCAGAUAACGAGACCUUGGUGGACCUGUUGGGACCAUGCAUGCCUUUGCAAGGGCUGCUUUCCUUCAACAAAGAUUUUGGGGGAGGGGAAGGGGGUUUGAUUGCAUUUGUUCAAAGAAAUGUCAAAUUUGGAAAAGACAACGCCCCUUCACUUGUGCGGGAAGUCAGUGUGUGCAAAUCGACGCCCCCCCCCCGAAAAAGUCACCUUGUACCUUUAACUACAAAUAACAACAGAAACAAGAGAGCCAUCAUAGCACAGACUCCCGCGCUCCUGUUAAAAAAAAAUAAUACAGCACUGGAAUUUUGAGCCCUGCAGACCGCGGCGCGUGCUGCGGCAGAUGGUGUGUGUAUGUGUGUGAAGCCCGCCGCGGCGCGCACCGAUGCUUUGAUUUAUUAUUUUUUACUCUGGAGCUUUAAACAUUAAACAUGAGCAGCGGAGUUCCAAACGCGCGCACUGUCCAACUGCAAUGUCCCUCCACUUAAAUAUGACUACAUUGUCCUUAGCCGUUAUACUGGCUGCUACACAAAAGCCUUUGUCUUUAUUUU